UCUGAGAUGAGACAUUGGAUUUGACAAUAGGACUUCAAAGCAUGACAGUUGACACACGUGCAUAAACAAAACGUUCUAACCUCAAUCUCUCACGAGUAGAAAUAUUAUGUGUAGAUUUUAUUAAUUUAUUACAAUUAAAAAAUGGCAGACGUUGAAGAAUACUUUCCGCGCGGCGGAAAGAAGCCGUCAAAUAAAUCUUUUAAGCAAGGAGGCAACUUUUUAGGUGUGUCUAAGGGAGGAGAGAAAAAGAAGAGGAAGCCCAAGAAGAAAACAGAAGGAGAUGAUGGAUAUUUAUCGGACGAUAAUGCAAAUGAACAUCACAAAGAUACAAAAAGUAUUAUUGUGGGGCUGUCUUCUAAGACUGUAAAAGAAGGUACAUUGACCCUGGCUCGGGUCCGCAGUACGUUAGAGACUAAGCUCAUAGUGAUGAUGCCUGGUCGCUUGAUGGGGACGGUGAUGGCGUGCCACAUUAGCGAGCCAUACAACAAGGUGCUCGAAGCUUACGUUAAUGAUGAGGUAGCUAAAGUGAAAGAAUUGCCGAACAUGUUCCGCCCAGGGCAGUACAUAGCAGUGAAGGUCCUGGAGGUGGACGGACAGAAGUUUAUGCUGACAGCCAUGCCCCAACACGUGAAUGCUGGCAAGAAGCAAGCUGACCUUCACAAAAGCACUGUACUCCAAGCAGCUGUAUCUUCAAUAGAAGACCAUGGGUAUGUGAUGGACAUAGGCAUACCCAACACAAGAGCUUUCUUGCCCAAGACGGAAGUUGACCCUGAAUUAGAUCUUGAUGUGGGCAUGUUAGCGUGGUGCGCGAUCAAGUCGGUGUCGCCAUCGUCGGACAGCAGCGUGGUGACGCUGAGCGCCACGCCGGCCGCCCUGCAGCACGGCGUCAUCCGACACAAGCCGGACACGCCGCUGUUGCCUGGCAGCGCCUUACAAUUCACUGUGGAGACUCCAAUGGACAACGGUAUCGAAGGUCAAGUGUUCGAAGACACCAAGGCGUACAUCCUGCGACAGCACACCGACAAAGUCAAGGGCAAGAAACCAGCUCUUGGACAGAAGAUAACAGCGCGUGUGUUGUACGUGAUGCCGACGCGGAAGACUCCGUUCUUGACCAUGAAGGACAUCUUCAGCUGCACGUAUCCAGACCUCGCCGAGGAGCAGAAGUUCAAGGACGGAGAUAUCGUUGAAGACGCGCAGGUGCUGAACAUAAUCGGUCGUGGUGUGUGGUUCAAGUUGGGCCAGGACAGUAUCGGCAGCAUGGGCGUCAAGAGAAUACCGGUGGAUGAGGACCUCACCGAUGAGCAGGUCAUCGCCAAGUCGUAUCCUAUAGGCAGCACCCACAGAGUCCGUAUAAUAUGCUACAACCUUUGCGACUACGUGUACGCGGUGAGCGUGUCGGAGUCCAUACUGAGCCAGAAGUACUUCAACCUGGCGCAGCUGAGCGUGGGCCAGGUGGUCGACGCGACCGUCAAGUACAUCCAAGAGACGCAUGUCGUGCUGGACCUGGGCAGGUUUACAGGUAUGGUGCCUCACAGCCAUGUGACCGAGGCGGGACUCGUUCGAGACCCCAAGAAGGGUACAUCCAAACUGGCCAAACACAAGUAUAAGGUCGGGCAAGAGGUUCGCGCGCGGGUGCUAUCAGUGGACCCGGUGCGGCAGACACUGUUCCUGACGAUGAAGCCCUCACUCCUGGCGCCGGACCUGGAGGUGCUCAGCUCUUGGGAUCAGGCCGAGAUCGGGAAGGCUUACACUGGCGUUAUUAAGUACAUCCGCGACUUCAUAAUCGUGGCGUUCUUCGACAACCUGACGUGCUACGUGCCGCGCCACUACGUCACCAAGGACCCAAUAGAGAACCUCAUGGACGCCUUCCACGUCGGCCAAAUUGUAAACUGCACAAUACUCUCAGUGGAUGCAGAGUCGAAGAAAAUAUUAGGAAGUCUCACCACAGUGCCAUUCUGGCCUGAGAAAAAACGCGAGAAACGUAAACAAACUGACAAAAACAGUGAAGUGCCCGAAAAGAGACAACGACUGAGUGAUGAAGAAGAUUCGUCUGAUGCCAAAUCUGACGUAGAAACGGAUGGAGCUGAUGAGGUUGUAGAUAAUAAGAAAAAGAAACUGAAGAAAAAGAAUAAAGAAGUAACAGACAUGCCAGAAAAAACAGAACCAUCAAAGAAGAAAAAUAAGAAAGAUAAGAAACAAGCUGAAACAUCAGACAAUACACAACUAAAAACAGAUAAGAAAAAGGAUAAAAAAACGAAAUUACAAUUAGAUAAAACUGCGGAAGAUACUCAAGAAAAACGGAAAAGAUUAAAUACUGACAAAUCUUCAGAAAGCGAUCCUAUAGAAACAGAUAUCAGUGAUAACGAGGAAUUUAAAUCAAAAAAAGGAAAGAAAAAACAAAAAGUCUCAGAAAUAUCACAAGAAUCAGAUACAAAAACAAAGACAGACAAUAAGAAAAAAAGUAAAGAUAAUCAAGUCACAGAAACAGUAUCAGAAGAAGAGUUAAAAACAAAGAAAGGAAAAAAGAAAAAAGACACCGAGUUUCACGUCAUGGCAAUACCACCACAACCAGAAGAGCCCGAAACAAAACAGAGUAAAAAGAAAAAAGAUAAAGAUAAAUCACUUGUAGAAACAACAGAAGAAGUAGAAACUAAACAAAAACCUGAGAAAAAGAAGAAAGGAGCAGAUAAAAAUGCUGUAGAAAAGGCUGCUAAUGUAACAAGUAAAGGUAAAGUAGAGACUUUGAAACCGGUGUUAGAAGUGCCUAGUGCUAAAGAUUUUUGGACUGGUACGCUUGAAAGCGCGGCUAAGAAAACGCAAGAGGAAGACUCCAGCAGUAGUGAUGAUGAGGAGACUGAACAGCCAAAAAAGAAGCGGAAAAAGCUAUCGGUGAAGGAGAAAUUGGAGAAGGUGCGCGCGGAAGAGGAGCGCAUCCGCGAGCUGGAGCGGAGAGCCAUCGAGAGCGAGUCGCAGCCGCGCUCCUCCGACCAGUUCGAGCGCGCGCUACUCGCCAACCCCGACUGCAGCCAGCUCUGGAUCGCGUACAUGGCCUUCCAUUUACAGGCGACAGAGAUAGAAAAAGCGCGCGCGGUCGCAAAGAAGGCUCUCAACACGAUCUCGUUCCGCGAGGAGCAGGAGAAACUCAACGUGUGGCUUGCACUCAUCAACCUUGAGAACCGGUUCGGGACCAAGGAAUCCCAACAAAAAACCCUAGAAGAUGCGAUCCAAAUGAACGAACCGUACAAGAUCCAUUCCAAGCUCCUAGACAUCUAUGUUGAAACAAGCAAACACCAGGAGUUGUCCUCUCUCGUUGACCUCAUGAUGAGGAAGUACAAGAGGGAACCGAACGCGUUCGUGCUGUGUGGGCGGGCGUGCUACAAGCUCGGGCUGGUGGACAAGGCGCGGCAUGUCAUGCAGAAGGCUGUGGCCGUGCUGGAGAAGAAAGAACACGUGUCAGUGCUAGUGCAGUUCGCCCUGCUGGAGCGGUCGCACGGAGCGCUGGAGCGCGCGGAGGCGCUGUUCGAGCAGGUGCUGGCGGUGUACCCGCAGCGCGUCGACGUCGCCUCCGCUUAUCUUGACAUGCUGGUCAGUGGUGCUGAUGUUGAGCGGAUCAGGCAAGUAUUAGAACGAUUGACGUCACACAAGUUGCCAGCGCGAAAAAUGAAAAUUCUGUACAAGAAAUGGGUAGAAAUAGAAGAGAAGAUUGGAGACGCGGAUAAAGUGGAAAAAAUACGACAGAACGCAAUGGAAUAUGUAAAAAAAGCCAAGUUUUAGUUAAUACUCCAUUGUACUUUAUUUUUAAUAUAAACUUAUUAAAA